UUCAGAAUUUGGUUAUGUCUUUUCUAACCUUAACUUAUUAGCCUAGACAAUAUAAUAAUAGCUUAUUAGUUUUGUUUCAUUUAAUAAUAAAAUAUAAAUAAUUUAUGAUUGUAACUAAUCAUGGCAGUGAAAAAGCAAAAUAAAAUUAGUAAGGUCAAGCGAAAUAAUCAGAAAAAAAAUAAACUUACUAAACAAGGAAAGAUAAAAAACAAGCGAAAUAAAGUCGCAUUAAAAACAAAUAAUCAGGUUCCUCCGCCAAAAAAUGAUGUUGUAUAUAGUGACUCAGAGGAGAGUGAUCAUGGACAAGGAAUGCUCGAGAUGGUGGAAAAAGAUGAUUUGUCUUUUUUGCAAAAAGCUGUUGCUGAGAAAUCUACUUCUUAUUCAUUGCUUAAUAAAAUUCGGUUUAAAGAUAAAUGUGAGCCAAUAAAACAGCGUAAGAGGAAACCAAAUUUAGAUGGAGAAGAUAAUGAGAUUGAAUCUCGGUAUGAAGAAGAAAAUGUUGAUGAGAAGAACUCAAAGAGAACUAAGUUAUUGCUUCCAAUAAAAACAAAAUCAGGUUUGAUUAUGCGUAGCGUUGAUGAAGAAAUACCAGAUGAUGAAGAUGAAGAAGUAAAAGAAAAUAUUGAUCAUAACAUGCAAACUCGCAAAGAUGAUGACGAUUCAGACGAUGAUGAUAUUUUUGUACUGGAAGAUGACAAUGAAAUAGAUCCUACAAAACCAGUCUCUGUUGCAGAAUUAUUUGCAAAACGACAAGCAGAACUACAAAAACAGAAAUUUCGAAUAGGAGUCUUUUGUUCAGGAUUAUUAGAAAGUCCUGAAAAAAAAGUGAAACAUUUUAAUGAACUUUUGUAUUUGUUGGAUGACUCAAAGAAUGGGACUACUAAUCUGUUCACUAUAAGAAAAUUGGCAGCAGUUUCCAUAUUUGAGGUGUUCCGGGACAUAUUGCCAGAAUACCAAAUAAAACAUCAAGAAAAUACUGGUAUCAAGUUAAAAAAGGAUACAUUGCAAUUACAAAGUUAUGAAACAACUCUGCUAAAUUACUAUAAAAAAUACUUGCAAAAACUUGAAAAAAUGACUGCUCCAUUAAAAAAAAAGCUAGGAAAAAAACUAACCGAUUCUGAUAAAAAGUUGGCUGAAAUUGCUAUUCGCUGCAUGUGUUCAUUAUUAGAGUCACAUCCCUAUUUUAACUUUUCACAAAACAUUGCAAAGAUGUUAGUACCUUUUUUGAAUCAUAAUCUGGAAAAUAUUAGAGCUAUGAUAUGUAAUUGUUGCAAAACAAUAUUUAAGAAUGAUAAACGAGGAGAUAUUUCUUUAGUAAUAGUUCGUGCAAUUAACCAUCUUUUGAAAGCACAGUCUCAUGAUGUAUACACAGAUGCUUUAGCUUGUUUAUUAGCAUUACGAAUUCAAGAUGUCAAUUUAGAUGCUGAAAAAGAAGAAGAAAUACGCCAAAAGAAAUUUAUGACUAGAAAACAAAAGUUAUUAAAACUCUCCAAGCGUGAAAGAAAACGUAAUAAGAAGUUAGAAGAGCUGGAGAAGGAAAUGUUAGAAACAAAAGCUGAAGAGAAUAAGCAAGCAAAGCAAAAACAAAUGACGGAAAUAACCAAAGUGUUAUUUACUAUAUACUUUAGAAUUUUGAAGAGGGCCCCAAAUUCAAAAGUUUUGAGUGUGGCAUUAGAAGGAUUAUCAAAAUUUUCCCAUGUAAUAAAUCUGGAAUUAUACUCAGAUUUAGUUGAUGUAUUGAAUUCAUUAAUGCAACCAGGUGAUGAUGAUGAUGAUGAAAAAAGAGUGUUGAAUCACAGAGAUCAACUGAUGUGUGUGCAAACUGUAUUUUCUGUAUUGUCAGGGCAAGGAGAGUGUUUGAAUAUAGAUCCUUUGAGAUUUUAUACACAUUUGUACAGAAACUUAAUGCACAUUAAUGCAGGUCGAACAAAUAUUGAUUUAGAAACUGCUGUUAAGACAUUAUGUCAUGUUUUGAUUAGAAGACGAAAACAACUAUCCCAACAAAGACUCCUUGCAUUUUUGAAGAGAUGUAUGCAACUUUCAUUACAUCAAUUACAUAAUGGAACCAUAUCAUUACUUGGUGUUAUAAGAACUGUGAUGCAACAGGGCAAAAAUUCAGAUUUGCUAUUGGACACAGAUAAUACGUUAGGUACUGGAAAGUAUGAUCCGUAUCUAGAUGAACCUGAAUUUUGUAAUGCAAGUAGCACGGCAUUAUAUGAACUAUCUAUUGCUAGUAGACAUUUUCACCCAAUAGUUAGGAAGAUGGCCGUUAAUAUUGCUUCUAAUGUUCCAGCAACUGGUGAAGGCAGUCUUGCACCAGAUCUAGGAAAACUGUCCCCAGAACAAUUGUUAAAGGAAUUUGAUGGCAGCCAAAUGUGUUUUAAUCCACCUGUUCCACCACCAAAAAAGAAUGCAAAACCUAGUAAAUAUAUUGGCCAGCAUAUCUUUGUGGAUAGUGAAUUUGGAGAUUAUUGUGAAAAAAUAAUGAAUGAACCAAUUGAAAAAAAAAUCAAUUGUGUUGCAAAUUUAAAG